AUGAGCGAAACUGUGGCCACACCGCUGCAGCUGUCUGGCCAUCUGUCGCAAGCAGAGGGCCUUCGACUGUUGGGCGCGCUCAGCGUGUUUAACUCCAUGGCCACUGCUGUUUUGCAGCAGCCUGGUCCUCCUCCUCAGGGAACUGGGCUGCUGCGGGUGCUUCGGGGUGCCCUGGAUCGUGCCAUGGAGACUCCAGUGCCAUGCAGCUCAGGGGAAGGCAAGUCCAUGUCCCAGAUGGUGCCGCCAUCGCCAACGCCUUCCAUUGCUAGACAGGUGUCCAUCGAAGGAAGCCCGAAGACUCAGGAGCGCCGCAUUUCCUACGAGGGUGAGCUCCGCUUCUGGAAGCGGCUCAGUGGGCAGGGCGAGUACCAGGAAGGGUCACGGCUACGGCUGCUUCGACAGGAUGCACUGACCAGGCACUGGACCUGCUUCUUUGUGGACCUCAAGGCGGGUCCCUCGAAGCCGCGACAGUAUCGAAGCAAAGAACGCGCCGAGCCUCGAGCUCACGAGCAGCCGAAGCACGAUGAGAAGUGUCCACUGUGUUUGGGCCGAGAAGAGAAGACCGAGGUCUUGCGCGUUUGGCCUGACGGGCGGCUGGAGGAGCGUGAGGGCCUCCCUGAGUCAGAGGCGGACAAGACGAAGUGGCUGGUGCGAGUUCUACGAAACCCAUUUCCGUACUUGCUGACACCACAGGAGCUCUACCAAACGCCUUUCCCCGGGGAUCGGAGCAAACACGCCGCCUGCUUCGGUGAUCAUGACAACCAUGCUGCGAAUCCAGAUGCAGACCACCCGCUCUACAGGAUGGUCGAUGGCUACGGAGCCUCCGAGGUCGUCGUGGAGUCCCCGAGGCACAAUGCCAUGAUCGGCAUUGCCGAGGAUGCCCAGGUCAUCCAUACGCUGCGGGCCAUGGCUGCUCGGGGCAGGUCGUUGCGAAGGUGCAGCGAGGUGGUGCAGCUCAUGUACUUCAAGCAGUACGGCGCCGAAGCCAGUGGUUCGCUUAUCCACCCGCACAUGCAGAUCUGCUCCCUGCCGAUCGUGAGUCGGAGCCUGGAGCGGCGGAUCCAGGAUCACAAGGAUUUCUUUGAUUUGCACGGCUCUACGGCGGUCCAGAGGCUCUAUGUCGACGAGGUGACGGGUAGAACUGGAAACGCUCUGGCGGUGGCCCGGCUCGUGCAUCAGACCGCCCACUUCGUGGCCAGCGUGCCGUUUGCACAGGUUCCACGUGGGCGAGUCGUGAUCGCCCCACGGAGACAUUCUGCCAGAUUCGAGGACUGCCUGGAGGAGGAACUGGUGGACUUGGGCAAGCUACUCCGUCUACUCCUUGCGAGCCUUUACCGGUUCAAGGACGACCCUUCCUACAACCUCUUCUGGGAGACUGCACCCACAGAGCACUGGCACGCUUUCGAGGACGAGGUGGAAAGGAGAGCUGUGGAGGAAAGCUUCUGCUGGACGCUGCACAUUCGUGUCCCACACAAGGCUUCGGGCUUCAACUUGGCAUCCGGCCGCUUGGAGAUCCGGACGGCUCUCUUGCAAGAGGUGACCUACCCCAUAGGCACCUUCGGCUUCGAUACGGAGCAGCUGAACCUGGAAUUUCCCAACACGGUGGGCCCGUUUGUCAUGGUCAAUGCACAGAUGGCCGGAGCCUUCAAUGAGUACUUUCGCCACCCGCAAGUCUGCAAGCCAGAUCUUCAAAGCUGCUGGGCUGGCCUUAUUAUGGGUUUGGGGUUUAGGGUUUAG